AUGGCACCCGUCAGGAAACAGUCCACUCUGCCCGAGGGCUACAAGGAGGACUUGAGCAAAGGAAAGAUGCUUCGUUUCGAGGACUCUCUCCCCCGCCUCCCCGUCCCCACGCUCGAGGAGACCGCCAAGCGGUACCUCAAGUCGGUACACCCGCUCCUGAACAGCCAGGAGUUUGAGAACACAAAGAAGGCCGUCGAGGAGUUUGUGCAGCCAGGCGGCCGGGGCGAGCAGCUGCAAAAGCGAUUGGUAGCGAGGCGCGAGGAUCCCAACACGAGGAAUUGGAUCUACGAGUGGUGGAACGACGCGGCGUACCUGAGCUACCGCGACCCCGUCAUCCCGUACGUCUCGUACUUUUACUCGCACCGCGACGACAGGAAGCGCCGCGACCCGGCAAAGCGCGCCGCGGCGCUGUCGACUGCCGUGCUCGAGUUCAAGAAGGACGUCGAUAACAAGACACUCGAGCCCGAGUACAUGAAGAAGUUGCCCAUUGCGAUGAGCAGCUACGAGUACAUGUUCAACUGCUGCCGUAUCCCGGCCAAGCCCGCCGACUUCCCCAAGAAGUACGACCCCGCGCAAAACAAGCACAUUGUGGUGGUGCGCAAGAACCAGUUCUUCAAAGUCAUGCACGAGGUCGAUGGCAGACAGCUCAACACCAGCGAGCUGGAGCAGCAGUUCAGGAGGGUGUAUGCAAAGGCAGAGAAGGCGCCGCCGGUCGGCCUCUUCACGAGCCAGAACCGUGACGUGUGGGCAGACGUCCGCGAGAAGCUCAUCGCAGCGAACCCCGCCAACGAAAGCAUCCUUCAGACCAUUGAGUCAGCGUCCUUCCUCGUCUGUCUCGACGACGCGUCCCCCGUCACGCUCGAGGAGCGCGCACACAGCUACUGGCACGGCGACGGCUCGAACCGGUGGUUCGACAAGCCGCUGCAGUUCAUUGUCAACGAGAACGGCACGUCGGGCUUCAUGGGCGAGCACAGCAUGAUGGACGGGACGCCGACGCACCGCCUCAACGACCACGCCAACAUGCUCAUCUUCACCAACGCGCUGCCCUUCGACGACCCCUCGGUGCGGUCGAACCUGCCAGACCCGCUGCCCCUCAACUUCAAGCUCUCGCCCGACCUCAAGACCGACAUCACCGCCGCGCAAAAGCACUUUGAUGGGCAGAUUGGCGCGCACGAGCUGCGCGUGCAGGCCUACCAGGGCUACGGCAAGGGUCUGAUCAAGCAGUUCAAGUGCUCGCCCGACGCCUACGUCCAGAUGCUCAUCCAGCUCGCGUACCACAAGUUCUACGGGCAAAACCGACCGACGUACGAGUCGGCCGCGACGCGGCGCUUCCAGCAAGGGCGCACGGAAACGUGCCGCAGCGUGUCGGACGAGAGCGUGGCCUUUUGCAGCGCAAUGGCGGACCCAGCCGCGUCGCCCGAGACUUGCCGCGAGCUGUUCCGCAAAGCCCUCGCCGCGCACGUCAAGUACAUCAGCGACGCGAGCGACGGCCGCGGCGUCGACCGGCACCUGUUCGGGCUGAAGAAAUGCCUCAAGCCCGGCGAGGACCUGCCCGCGCUGUACCGCGACCCGGCGUUCGCGUACAGCAGCACGUGGUUCAUCAGCAGUAGCCAGCUCAGCAGCGAGUACUUUAACGGCUAUGGCUGGAGCCAGGUCGUCGAUGAUGGCUGGGGCAUCGCGUACAUGAUUAAUGAGCAUAGCCUGCAGUUCAAUGUUGUGAGUAAGGGGCUGGGGAGUGAGAGGAUGAGCUUUUAUCUUAAUGAGGCGGCGGGCGAUUUGAGAGAGUUGUUGCUGCCGACGCUGGAGCCGGCGAAGGCGAAGUUAUAG